AUGCAAGCAGGUGAUUUGGAUUCCCAGCUGCUGCAGCUGAGACUAUCGUCACUGAGUGCCCGUCGUGCGGCGGUCCGGCAUAUAGACGCCGUUUUGGACAGCCGUCUCGACGAGGCUCAAUUGAGCAAGACAUUCAUUUCUCUGCUCAGACUGUACAAUACCUUCCCCAACGACAAGCUGUUUGCGAAGCAGGUACAGGGCGUCUUUGCAAGAUUGCUCGAGCAGGACGGAACCCUGAUUUUUGCUCUGUUUGGAAAAUUCGUUGGACAACUAUCGGGCAAGCCUCUGGCCGUAGCUGACCUGGUGGUGCUGCUGGACUGGUGUGUCUUUUUCUCGGCCCAGAAACCGGCGAGCGCCGUUUUAACAGACUGUCUGCUCCCCAACGCGAUCAGGCUCGUCGACGGCAUAGCCACUGCGGAACACCACAAGAAACAGCGGUCUGGCAGGCUCGUUAGGGAAGCUCUCAAGGCUCUGGCCGAGAUCGUCCGAACUCUAGAUCGCUCGCAAAUAGAGAGCUUCGUUGCGGGCAUAGGCAAGCAGGGACUUUCUGCAAACGGCAUCUUAGCAUUUUUCGGCCAAUUGGCAGCCAUAGACACACGCAUCGACGACUCCAUAAAGAACCAGAUAACCGUACACUUUUGCAAAGAUAUCCUUGCCACCAAGGUUUCGCUUGAUGGCUACGCUUUGGACUCGUUUGGCAGGUUUGUAGGCCUGUUGACGCCGCGCGAGUUCGAGGAACACGUGCUUCCUGGCCUGGAAAAGGCUGCUCUGCGGAACUCGGAGCAGACGUUUUACACUGUUUGUCCGCGGAUCUUCAACGCUGCCAGCGUCGACUUGGCGGAAAGCGUUGCCAAGAGCAAGUUCCUGGCGCAGCUUGUGUCUUCGCUCAAAUCGUCCAAUGCGCUCGUGAGACAGGGCGGAUGCGAGUGUUUCAAGAUAAUAUUUGCAGAAAGCAAGUCGGCGGGGGUGGACAGCCUGCUUGACGAGGUGUGCAAGCUGCUAAAUAGCUCUACGACCAGCGCUGUGGACCAGAAGCUGCUGUGUGCUUCCAUUCUGCGGACUGUUCCGCGGACAGAGAAUACCAGUGCGAAAAUCGAAGGCGUGCUGCUCCCGUUGAUCAAAAAAGAGUCGAACGAGCAGGUGCUCAAGCUGUUUCUGGACGCCCUGUUUGCUUGCACCGACUCUGAAAAGGUUCUGGACGCCCUUGAGGCGGGCCUUGUGGACAAAAAGCAGAGGAAAGCGUGGACUCUUGCUCUUGGAAGCCAGGUGCAGAAAAACCCGGUUUUGGUCACCGACGCGGUGAUCCCGUCGCUCGAGUCUUUGCUCGAGGAGUGCAUAUCUGCGCCGCUGCCGAGCGUCACCAACAGACUCAUUGCCGGCGGCUAUGCCGCGGUGGUAGUCCUCCACCAUCUGGGAAAACUUGAUCUACUGUCCAAGACGCUCCGCGAUACUGAAAAACCGGCAAUUGUCGCCAACUUCAAAGUGUACGGCAAACUGGCAACCGAGGAGGAGCAAGAAUGGUUCGUGCGAGCCCUGGAUGCGUUGGCCGACCAGGUUUUCGAGCCGCUAGUCGACUUUGGCUACGCGUGGCUGUACGUCCUGACCUCCACGGCUAUAGCUGGACCUGUGAGACGGCUGGCGCUGGAGCUGCUGUCCAACAGCUGCCGCGCGAACCAGGAGUUUGUUGCCGGCUCUGUCAUCGCGGCAAUCCGCGACCUGCUCUCCAAAGACCGGUCCGGCCUGGCGGACCGAAAGCUGGACCUCAGAAAGUUAUCUCCCGUCAUCAUGAAGAUCACCAGCGACGGCAGCAGAGAAAUCCUGGAGGCGCACCUGCUCGCCCUGCUACCGGCGAUGUACCACGCCGAGCUGGAGAACGUGAGACUGGGCUGGCCGGGCGUGUGCUUGCACGCAAAAAUCGACCCCGGGACCUUAAUCUCUCAGAGCGUUGGCGUUGUGAGCACGUUGACGGAGCAGCUCGACAGCGGCUCGGCCGAUUUCCGUGCCAGCGGCAUGUACGACGCCGUAGUGCGCGCCCUUGCUGCCAUCGCGUUCGUCGACAGCAGCAGCGUGGUGCCGCAGCUGAGCCGGCUGCUGGAAGCCGACUUGGACGUCUCGCGCGUUCCGGACAUCGACGACACGAAGCUGGCCAUCUGGCACGGCCAGGACGGCGUGCCCGUCGUGGACGUCCUGGAGAAGGGCCAGAAAAAGGCCCAGGUGAGCAAGAACUCGAAGGACUACGAGACGCUACAGUGGGAGGCGUCGGUGAGGCAGCAGGUGGCGGCCAAGAAGAGCGCUUCCGCUAGAAAACUCACCAGAGACGAGCAGGAGGCCGUCAACGCGCAGAUACAGCGCGAGAGAGAGAUCAGAGCAGCAAUCGACAGACCGUACCGCCGGCUGUGUCGGGCGCUGCGUAUCGUCUGCGCGCUCGCGGCAGACGCGGCCACCGUCGACAACGGCCGCGAAACGUGGUUCCCGACCGCCGUCGCCGGCGUCGUGGGCGUGCUGCACUCGCCGGACGCCAUGCGGCUUGUCGGAGAGCUGGCGGUCACGUGCUUCCUCGGGCUGCCGGCUGCGCUGCCGUCUGGCGGGCUGACCGGCACGUCGACGCUCGAGUGGAUCGGCGCAAGCACGCUGCGGCUGAUGGGCAUUGCGGUGCCGCCGCGCUACGCGUCGCCGCCGCUCACAGAGCUGAUUUCGUCGCAACUGUUCAGUCUGAAAAUGGCAGCCGACAAGACGCCGUUCGACGCGCUAACUCUCGUGUACGUCCUGCCGCUGCUGUCUAAAGUGAUCGACAACGGAAAAAGACACCUCCUGGAGAACAAGCGCAGCAAAAUCAUCGUCAACACCGAGUUCCAGGACGAGGACCCGGAGGAAGAGCAGCUGGCGCUGGCGCUGGAGCUGGUGUCGUGCCACGCAGACGCGAUCCAGGACCGGGCGAUCCUGAGCGACCUGUUCUCGCUCAUGACCGUGCCGUCGAAGGCGAAGGCGGCCAGGGACUGCUUCUACGCGCUCGCGCAGAACAUGUCGGUCAGCCUCUCCGAGGAGGACCUGCGCGUGAUUGUGGGUCACGUGAUCUCGCCCGUGGCGUUUGUGCGGACGUGUGUGCUGGAGGCCCUGGACGAGGAGUUCGACCUGUCUGGAUUUGGGUUUAUUCCGGAGCUGUGGAUCGCCGUGUUCGACAACGAGGCGGCGAACAGCGCCGUUGCAAGGACGAUCUGGGACGAGAGCGGGUUCAGGGUGGACAGGCAGUCUGCUGCGCAGCUGGUGCCGUUUUUGGGCAACCCGGACGCGGGCAUCCGGCUCAGCGUGGCCAGGGCGCUGGCGCAGGCCGUCGCGGACGCUGCGGCAGACGGCGACGACGACUUAUUCUCCCAGACUCUCUCUACUCUCUUGGAGCUGUACCGCGCCAAAGAGAAGCCGCCUGCGCCGCAGCUGGACGAGUUUGGCCUGCCGAUAAAGUCGGCCGCGGAGACGAAGGAUGCGUGGGAGGAGCGCAGCGGCGUGGCGCUGGCGCUGAAGUAUCUGGCGCCGCAGUUCACCGACACGCGCGAGGUGGAGCAGGUGUUCCGUUUUCUGAUCGACGAGCGGGCUCUGGGCGACAAGAACGCUGCUGUGAGGCAGGAGAUGCAGGACGCCGGGAUGCGGAUCAUCGACGCGCACGGCGCCGCGCUGCUGGAGCCGCUGAUCCCGGUUUUCGAGGCCGGGCUCGCGGCGAAAGACGAAGGCACGGCCACGCAGGACCGCAUCAAGCAGAGCAUUAUUAUUCUGUACGGCCACCUGGCGCGGCACCUGGACGCGAAGGACCCGCGGGUGAUCGAGAUCGUGUCGCGGCUGCUGCGUGCGCUCGACACGCCGUCGGAGGACGUGCAGUUUGCCGUGGCGGAGUGCAUUGCGCCGCUGGUCUCUGCCACGCGGGCCAAGCUGUCUGGCUAUUUUGACGAGCUGUUUGGCAAGCUGUUUGACGGGGCGUCGCUGGCGCAGCGCCGCGGCGCGGCGUACGGCAUUGCCGGGCUGGUGAAAGGCGCCGGGCUGAAGUCUCUGGCGGACAACGACGUUAUCCGGAACCUGGUGGACGCCGCGGACGACAAGAAAAACGCGCACAAACGCGAGGGCGUGUCGUUUGCGUUCGAGACGCUGUCGCAGUCGCUGGGCGCGCUGUUCGAGCCGUACGUGAUCGAGAUCCUGCCGAUCGUGCUGCGCAGCCUGGGCGACCCGUCGCCAGAGGUGCGCGAGGCGACCGACUACGCCGCGCGCAUGAUCAUGAAGAACACCACGAGCUACGGCAUCAAGAAGCUGAUUCCGCUCGUGACGGGCAACCUGGACGACCCCGCGUGGCGCACCAAGAAGGGCUCUGUCGAGCUGCUCGGCUCGAUGGCGUAUCUGGACCCGACACAGCUGGCUGCCAAUCUGCCGACGAUCGUCCCGCAGAUCGUCGGUGUUCUGAACGACACGCACAAGGAGGUGCGCAAGGCGGCCGACCAGGCGCUCAAGCGGUUCGGCGAGGUCAUCCGCAACCCGGAGAUCCAGGAGCUCGUGCCGGUGCUGCUGAAGGCGAUCGGCGACCCGACGCAGCACACAACAGAGGCGCUCGACGCGCUCAUCCGGACGCAGUUCGUGCACUACAUCGACGGCCCGUCGCUCGCGCUCAUCAUCCACGUGGUCCACCGCGGGAUGCGCGACCGCUCGGCCACGACGAAGCGCAAGGCGUGCCAGAUCGUGGGCAACAUGGCGAUCCUGGUCGACUCGAAGGACCUGGUGCCGUAUCUUGCCGAGCUUGUUGCCGAGCUCGAGGACGCGAUGGUCGACCCCGUGCCGCAGACGCGCGCGGUGGCGGCGCGCGCGCUUGGCUCGCUUGUCGAGAAGCUCGGCGAGGAGCGGUUCCCGGACCUGGUUCCGCGGCUGCUGGCGACGCUGCGCGACGAGAGCCGGACGGGCGACAAGAUGGGCUCCGCGCAGGCGCUGGCGGAGGUCACGUGCGGCAUCGGGCUGGGCAAGCUCGAGGAGCUGCUGCCGACGAUUCUGGCUGGCUGCACGUCGCCGAAGCAGCACGUGCGUGCCGGCUUCAUGCCGCUGCUGCUGUUUCUGCCCGUGUGUUUUGGCGCGCAGUUUGCGCCGUACCUCUCGCGCACCAUUGCUCCGAUCCUGGCCGGCCUGGCUGACAGCGACGAAGGCAUUCGCGACACCGCCCUGCGCGCUGGCCGUCUGAUAGUCAACAACUACGCCAACAAGGCCGUCGACCUGCUGCUGCCGGAGCUGGAACGCGGCCUUUCGGACGCCAACGCACGCAUCCGGCUCUCGAGCGUCGAGCUCACGGGCGACCUGCUGUUCAAGAUCAGCGGCAUCAGCGGCAAGCAGGAGCUGUCGGAGGACCUUAGUGCGCUGUCUGUGACCGUGAACCGGGCGUUCAACGAGGUUCUGGGUGCCGAGAGACGCGACCGCGUGCUGGCGGCGCUGUUUAUGUGCCGUUCCGACAACUCGGGGCCGGUGCGGAUCGCUGCGGUCAACAUCUGGAAGGCGCUUGUGGCCAACACGCCGCGCACGGUCAAGGAGAUCCUGCCGACGCUCACACAGACGAUCGUGCGCCGGCUCGCGUCGGCAGACGAGAACCAGCGCCACAUCGCCGCCACGACGCUCGGCGACAUGGUCAAGCGUGUGGGCGGCAACGCGCUCGCGCAGCUGCUGCCGACGCUCGACGCGUCGCUCUUUGCGUCCGACGCCGACGCCAAGCAGGGCAUCUGCAUCGCCGUGCGCGAGCUGAUCCAGUCCUCCGCGCCGGCGACCGUCCUGGAGUACCGCGCGCCGCUCUUCAAGAUCGUGCGCGAGACGCUUGUGGACGCCGACCCUGGCGUGCGCGAGGCCGCCGCACAGGCCUUCGACGUGCUCCAGGAGGCCGUUGGCAACGUCGCCGUCGACGAAAUCAUCCCGCAGCUGCUGGAGCUGCUGGACACAGAGGCCUCCGAAAGCGCGCUGGCGGCGCUGCAGGAGAUCAUGGUCACCAAGGCGGACGUGCUGUUCCCGAUCCUGAUCCCGUCGCUGCUGACGCCGCCCGUCAAGGCGCGCGCAAUUGGCGCUCUCGCGCAGGUGGCCGGUCCGGCGCUGCACAGGAAGCUGUCGACGGUGGUGGCGGCGCUCGUCGACGCUGUGAUCGCCGGCACAGGCGACACAGACGAGCUGCUUGCCGCGCUGCUGAAGACGCUGCUGUCCGUGACGACCGACGACGGGUGCCACCCGCUGUUCCAGCAGGUGCUUGCGCUCAUGCGCCACGAGGACCAGCGCAAGACGCACGUGAUCUACCGCGUGCUGCCGCAGUUCUUCGACAGCGUCGCCAUCGACUACUCCGUGUACGUCGACGACCUCGUGACGCAGCUGAUCCUGGCGCUCGACGACGCCGACCGCGACGUCGCCACGCACAGUUUCGAGGCGCUGACGGCGCUGGUGAAACGGCAGCCGCGCGAGACGCUCGAGCGGCUCGUGGCCACCGCGCACCGCACGCUGUCGCUGCUGCCCGAUCGCGAGCUGUACGUUUUCGGGCUACCAAAGGGCCCCAACUGCGUGCUGCCGAUCUUUUUGAACGGUCUGAUGUACGGCACUGCGGAGCAGCGCGAGCUGGCUGCCGAAGGCAUUGCCGGCGUCGUGGACCGCACGCCGGCAGACGCGCUGCGGCCAUUUGUCACGGUGAUUGUGGGCCCGCUGAUCAGAGUGAUUGGCGAGCGGUUCGGCGGCGAGGUGAAGAGCGCAAUUUUGCUGGCGCUCAACAAGCUGUUUGCCAAGAUCCCGCAGUUCCUGAGGCCGUUCAUUCCGCAGCUGCAGCGCACAUUUGUGAAGUCGCUGGGCGACACCUCGAACGAGCUGUUGCGCGCGCGGGCAGCGCGCGCCCUGGGCACGCUGAUCGAGUACCAGCCCCGCGUAGACCCGCUUGUGGCAGAGUUGGUGGCGGGCGCGAAAAACGCCGUUGGUGCAGAAAACCGCGGCGUCAAGACGGCAAUGCUGCGUGCUUUGCAGGAAGUGGUGCAGCGCGCGGGCAGCAAGAUGAGCGACGCGUCGAAAUCGAGUGUGUUGGCGCUCGUGGAGCACGAGAUGGUGGGCGAUCACGCUGGCGGCGACACCGCUGUGGCGUACGCGAAGCUGAUCGGCGCGCUCUCGUCGACGAUGUCAGGCGACGAGGCCGUGCGGAUGUUGCGUGCGAAAGUGCUGGAUAUCGACUUGCGCGACGAGGAGGCCGCGCGGUUUGGCGUGCUCGCUGUCAAUGCGUUCCUCAAAGACGCUCCUACGCAGAUAUUCGCUACCGGGCUGUUUGCCGAAGUGUGUCGUUUUGUCGCCGAUGCAUGUGCGUCGCCGCUGGCAGAUGUGUCGGAGAACGGGGUGCUGGCGUGCGGCAAGCUGAUGCUGCAGUUGCCCGACGACUACGAGCUCGCGGAAGAGGACGAGACGGCAUUUGGCGUCCUGGUUCGCCAGCUCUGCGUCUGCAUGAACUCGCCGCCGUCGAAUUCGAAAGACGCCAGACGGCUCGCGCUCGUGGUGUUGCGCACGGUGUGCCGGUUCAAGUACGACCGGUGUGUGCGGCCAUUUGUGGACGUUAUUGCGCCGUGCGUGUUUCUGUCUGUGCGGGACCCGCUGAUCCCGAUCAAGCUGGCGGCGGAAAAGGCCUUUUUGGCCGUGUUCCAGCUCGUGGAGGACGAGAAGAUGGAGUAUUUCAACGAAUGGGCGCAGGCUAAGAAUGCGACACCCACACUGCAGACGGCAAGCGGACAGACGCUGCAGCUGCGGUCAAUUACAGAGUACACCAAGCGUGUCGGGUUCCGGCUCGCGAGCGUCGAGAGAGAACGCCUGGCGGCCGGCGGCGACAAAGAAGCCAUGUUUUCCGACCAGUUCGAGGACGAGCGCGAAAUCUGGGCCGUCGGGGGUGUGGAGUUGCAAAAAGAAUGA